AUGUCUAACCUGUUGUACUCAUUAUUGGAGCAGGUCCAGGGCUGGGGCAGAGGACCGCUAAGCGUUUUCGCAGGAAAAGGUUGGAUGGUGGCUUCUGCGUCUCGAAGCCGUAAAGAUCAACUUUUGGACAACGGACACCUCGAGCUUCACGUAGACGUCCCCGACCUAGCUUCGACCGAGAAUGUCUUCGACCAAGUCAAAGCCUUUGUUGAGGAAAGCCCGAGUGUGGUAAUUUAUAAUGGCUUUGCAAGGAGCUUGCACGACGCGAACGACCCACUGUCAACCAUAAAAAAGGUCGAUGCGAAGCGGGAAAUGAAUGCCAAUAUGAACAGUGCCUUGAUAGCAGCGUAG